UUAUAUACAUAUAUACACACACCGACUGGGCCAGGAGGAGAGGGCCUCGCCAAUUGCAGGUGCAUUUUGAUCUCUUGCAUUGUGGAUCAUAGCAAAAAUCAGAGGAAAAAUGGGCGUCAAAACAUUUACCCACAAUUCCCCUGCACACAGCCAGGAGAUGCUUGGGAAGCUUAACAUGCUGCGUAAUGAUGGACACUUCUGCGACAUCACCAUUCGUGUCCAAGACAAAAUCUUCAGAGCACACAAGGUGGUACUGGCAGCCUGCAGUGACUUCUUCCGUUCCAAAUUGGUUGGCCAAGCAGAGGAUGACGGCAAAAGUGUACUUGACCUGCAUCACGUGACAGUGACUGGGUUCAUGCCUCUUCUGGAAUAUGCAUACACAGCAACAUUGUCUAUUAACACAGAAAAUAUUAUUGAUGUCUUGGCCGCAGCCAGCUAUAUGCAAAUGUUCAGUGUUGCUAGCACGUGUUCCGAGUUCAUGAAGUCGAGCAUUUUGUGGAACACUCCUAGUAGCCAGCAAGAAAAGGUGCUAGAUACAGGACAGGAAAACAGUGCAAAUUGCAACUUUACCUCUCGAGAUGGCAGCCUUUCUCCAGUUUCCUCUGAAUGCAGUGUAGUGGAAAGAACCAUUCCUGUUUGCAGAGAGUCACGACGGAAACGUAAAAGCUACAUAGUCAUGUCACCAGAAAGUCCACUUAAAUGUAGCACUCAGACAAACUCACCACAGGUUCUGAAUCCUUCAGCUUCCUAUGCAGAGUCUAGAAGUCACCCUGUAGACUCUUCUUUAGCUUUUCCUUGGACUUUCCCUUUUGGAAUCGACCGAAGACUUCAGUCAGAGAAGGUGAAGCAAGUAGAAAAUUCUCGGACUCUAGAAGUGCCUGGUCCAUCUGAAGCAGCUAGAAGAAUUGCUGAUUAUGUGACUUGUGAGAGCACAAAGGCCAGCUCACCUCUGGUCAUUGAAGAAGAUGUGCGUGUUAAAGUGGAAAGGUUAAGCGACGAGGAAGUCCAUGAGGAAGUAUCGCAGCCUGUCAGUGCAUCCCAAAGUUCUCUGAGUGAUCAACAGACGGUUCCAGGAAGUGAACAAGUUCAGGAGGACCUCUUGAUCAGCCCACAGUCAUCAUCUAUAGGUUCAAUAGAUGAAGGGGUCACUGAGGGAUUGCCAACACUCCAGAGUACUUCUGGUGGUAACGUUCAUGCAGAUGAUGAUGACCGAGUGAUUGCUUGCCUCUUCAGAUUGGAGAAUGUCCAGUAUCCUUACCAGCUCUAUAUUGCUCCUUCGACCAGUAGCACAGAGAGACCCAGCCCAAAUGGCCCUGAUAGACCUUUUCAGUGUCCUACCUGUGGUGUUCGAUUCACCCGUAUUCAGAACUUAAAACAGCACAUGCUCAUCCACUCAGGCAUUAAACCAUUUCAGUGUGACCGUUGUGGGAAAAAGUUCACCCGGGCUUAUUCGCUAAAGAUGCAUCGCCUGAAGCACGAAGGUAAACGCUGUUUCCGGUGCCAGAUAUGUAGUGCCACUUUCACUUCCUUCGGGGAAUAUAAACACCACAUGCGGGUUUCCCGGCACAUUAUCCGCAAGCCUCGGAUUUACGAGUGCAAAACAUGUGGCGCCAUGUUCACCAACUCUGGAAAUUUAAUCGUUCAUCUGAGGAGUCUGAACCAUGAAGCGUCAGAGCUAGCAAACUACUUCCAGAGCAGUGAUUUCCUAGUACCGGACUACUUAAACCAAGAACAGGAAGAGACCCUUGGCCAGUAUGAGCUAGGAGAGCAUGGAUUUGAAAGCAGCUCCUCUGUCCAAAUGCCUGUCAUUUCACAGGUUUCAUCAACUCAGAAUUGUGAAAGCACUUUCCCCUUGGGGCCUCUGGGUGGGUUGGCAGAAAAGGAAGAAGACAUGCCAGAGCAGCCAAAGACGACUGCAAGUGCCGACGUGAGCCGGGAUGACCCCCCGAAACCAGGGCUCUCGUCUAUCACUAUUGAAUAAGUCUGCAGUUUGGUUUCAUUUUUGUCUUUUUGGAAAGUGCCUGUGUUUGGUCUUGUACAUUUUAAUUUAAUUUUCAGAAGGGGGGGGGAGAAUGUACCCCUUUUAAAUUUUGUAAGCUAUGCUGUUAAAACCGUAAACUGCAAAAGAUAUUACACUAUUCUUCACAGCCAAACGGUCACUUCUGUGGAAACAUUUUAAGACUGAAAUGCACAGUAAGGUUCUAUCAGAACAUCACAUGCACUUCUAAAGGAAAGCUAAGCACACUCAAACUACAUUUAUGGUUUCUCAUUCUGCAGUUUAGACCUAAUUAUUAAUGGAUUGCUUCGCUCACCCCAUUUUUGCAGGAUUUCAGGUGCAAGAAGAAAAAUUAAUGGUGCUUAAAAUGAUGAGUUUUGAGUACACACGCACACACCCA